GAUGAGGCAACGAUUCAUUGUGGGAACUCUCCGGGUACCGGUCAGUCUACAACUACAGACAACUCCUGAAGGUACAAUGCGCUGAGUUAAGGAUAUAAAGGCUAUAUACAUUUUUUCCCUCUACGUUCGCGAAUGCAUAACGAAUUUGUUUCGAACAAGUCUGACAUCUAUAUAAUUCUAAGUAGUUGGUUAGCUACUGAUUAUUUGGUCAAUUCCGACUGGAUACAUCACCAUCCUAAUUUUCAACUCAGUCUGAGCUGAAAGCGGAUUUAUAAAAGGUGUGCCCAGGUGAUGAGCUCCCUGCUGUUCUCCAGCUGCAGUAUGAAGGACCAUGAGUCAGUGGCCAUCCUCCAUUACCAGGGCUCGGGCAAGGCCAACAGCCAGUUCUCCCCCUCCGGCCUGCACUCCUCCUCCCCCUCCACCCAUGGCAAGCCCCAGCCCUUCAGCCUACAGCCGGGCCCCCACCUGCUGGCCAGCAUGCAGCUCCAGAAACUCAACAGCCACUACCAGAGUCUGACGGGGCCCCCGGGCACCUCUGCAGGGCCCCCCAGGGGCUUCGGCGCGACGGCGGCGGGGCCCGUGCAGAUCGGCUCCGGCGGGACGGCCCAGGGGCCCGGCAUCAUCGAUUCGGACCCCGUGGACGAGGAGGUCCUGAUGUCGCUGGUGGUGGAGCUGGGUCUGGACCGGGCCAACGAGCUGCCGGAGCUGUGGCUGGGCCAAAACGAGUUUGACUUCAUCUCGGACGUUUCCGCCGGCUGCUGACCCUGACACGCGACCGCACCUGUCCUUUCUCCCCUUCCCGUCUGUCCGCUGCGCUGAAGAACACAGACUGAUGUGCCACUCCUUUUCCAGUUCUUUACACGUGUGUGUGUGAGUGUGUGUCUGUACCAUAUAAGCCUUGCAUUCUCCUGACCAGAGAGGUUGAAGUUCCUGUCAAUGUUGCUUCAUGACUGUGGACAAUCCUGUUAAAAUAAUCACACGUUCUUCUUUUCAAAAGGAGUGUAGUGGCUGAGCUCACAUGCAUGGUGGACCUAGUGGGAAGGGGAUUCAAAGAAUCAAGCAAAAUUUUUUUUUUUUUUUUUUGGCCUGUGCAUUGUUGCAUUCAUGUAAAUACUCCAAAGUGAAUAUAUUUGCCUUCUUGUGCUGGAGAAGAGGACCGUGACUCUUUCUGUGUGCAGUCUGACCCAGAAGGACAGUAUGUCUAUAGUUUUCUUUUCCUUGUGUCGAUAUUACAAAAGAAGCUUCAUUUAUUUCAAUGCGUGGUGCUGAGGAGUAUGCUGCAGAGGAGGAAUGAUUCCACACCAAAGGAGGUCAAGAUGAAUUUAAGGCUACUUUUUUCUUUACCUUCACCACCCAAUGGAUUUUUUUACUAUUACUGUAGCAGCCCUAGCAGGCUGCUGUAAUGGGAUUAUUUCAGUUUGUUACACUUAACAAUACCUCCAUACCACAGAGACCCUGUAAAAUGAGCUACAAGCAACAGAGGUGUAUAUUAAUCAUUUGUACUUUUGUUUUCUGACUGAAAGUGGGCUCUCCUUUGAUAUUUUAUCGGUCGGGGCUAAAUAUGAGGAGGCGGCUCUUUAAAUAGCCCCUGGAAGACAAAGGGUUUCACCUGAGCCCAGGGGCUGGAUGUCUGUGUCAGUGCAGCUCUGUGGGCCUCCUGUGUGCCAGGGUGAUAUUACUAUCCUGUAACUGAAGGAGGGGCUGUGAAAUGGGGAUCUGUUCUGUGCUUGUUCUGUUAUCCCAGCAUUAGGAAGGUGUGUGUGUGUGUGUGUGUGUGUGUUUUGCAGGGGAGGAGCAGGGGACAGGCAGGCAAUGUGUUGCAUCACGUAAAGCUGGUCGCAUUGGUCACAGAGGAACCUGAUCUCACCAGCGCUUUCUAUAUUUAAAUAAAUUAAUGAGAGGCCCGUCUGUUUUUCCCCUUCAACAGUCUUCCUGUCACCAUGUAAUUCUGUAGGGACAGCGACUGACAGUUUUCCCCUUGAUUCUGUGACACUGAGAAAGAACUGCUUGCUCUUCAGUAACUAUUGUAGCUCAGUACUUUCAAUGAUUGCUGGGUAUGGAAAAUGAGCUUUAGACUGAAGGACUCGGCAUUCUUGUUACUAAAGAAUGCAUUGUUGUAAAAUGUCUGAAGUGUUACUUAAUCAAUCCAUUAGUCAGUACUUAUUGUUACAAAAGAACGGGUGAGAAUCAUUUUCCACUUUGUAUUGUUAAGGUUCUCACACAUUUAUAUUUAAAAUUAAGCAAAUUCUAAGCAUAGGGGAAUUUAAGCAUAGUAUUUAAGCAUAGGGGAAAAUACUGUACAGGUAACUACCACUUCUUUAAAAUACUGUAGUUAUCUAGUGAUAUGGGGAUAUCAGUUCAACAACCAAAAGCAGGUGUAAACCUAAGUCGAGUUAUAAAUGUUUCAAGAAUGAUGUAGCUCCAGUUGCUGGAUUACUGGACUGUCUGUGUGUGUGUGUGGGAGAGAGAAUGUGUGAGUAUGCAUGUGCAUUAGCUUUGUAAAUUGUGGGUUUUUCGCCUAGGAAUUGCCACAGCAACCAAAAGUAAUUUACUGACUUCUGCAAACAAUUGUCUGUGAAACCAUUUCUUCCUAGUCAAAACACAGGCAAUGCUAUAUGGAAAGAGCAGCUUAACUAACCACUGCUAAACUUGCUUUCAAUGUUUGUGCCAGUUUGUGGAGUUUCAUAGCAUUUUUGUCGACCACAGUUUUUCUUUGUAAUGGGGGUGGGAACUCUAAAGAAUUUGAUUAUGAAAUCAAAUCAAGAAUGUUAACAUGAAUAUUAAUUUAGUCACCUGUUUCCCAUGCUUUCCAUCUUUCUUUAAAUGGUGAUUUUGAGAUCAUUGUCUAAGAAGAGGAGGUAACAUUUGUUUAUCAAUUUAUUGAAAAUACGUUUUGUUGUUGAAAUCACGGAGUGAAUUAUAAUCUACUUUAAUUUUGUUUAGCACUUUCAUUGCCUCUUGUAUAUUUCUAUGAAAAGAUGUACAACUAUUGCACCAUAUUUAAAUACUUGUAUUUUGUUAUUUUCUGCAUUUUUGGGAAAUAAACUCUUCAAAAACUGUGA